AUGUCUUCAGCCUCCGCACAACCCGCGGGCCAACCCGCCCAGCCCCAAAACCAGACCCCCCCAAUCGUCCACAACGCCGCCAUUGCAGGCGUGAUCCUCUGCCCGCUCAUCAUGCUGAUGCCGCCCCGGCGCAUCGACUGGCGCACCUUCAUGCUCUGGACGGGCUUCUCCGCCUCGGGCAACCAGCUCGCCUACGACUACACGGGCCAGUCCAUCUUGCAACGUGUGCAGUCCCGCCUGGGACGCAUGUUCCCCACCGCGCUGCCCGAGCAGGCGCAGCGUACCAAGCAGCUCCUGCGCGAGGAGCGGAUGCGCCGCGAGGGCUUGACUGAGGAGCAGAUGCGUGCCAUCGAAUUCAAGAAGCGCAAUUUUGCGCAGAGGUUGUGGUACGGCAGCGAGCCCGAGGACUGGGACGCCAAGAGGGGCGCCGAGCACGCGAAGGCGCUUGCUGAGGGAAAGGGGCUGGGCGACUUGAUUGCCGAGCAGGUUUCAGAGGUUUGGAGCGGCGCAAGGAAGGAGGAGGAGGAGCAGAAUAAGAAGUGGAAUGACGACAACGACAACGACAACGAAAAGAAACAAUAA